AUGCAAACGCGAAAGUCGCGACUUCAUCCCAACACGUACUGUGAAAAAGCAUGCCGAAUGCUCAUCCCUUACUCACACCUUCGAGCCAUAAGGCCUCGUCGGAUUCUAGUGUCCCGGAUUCGUUGUUUGCACUCUGUCAACACCACCACGUCCUUUCGCACCAGGCCCGCCCAUCCAGCUUACCGAGCCCAGAAUAGGGGCAAGAAAACCAAAGCCUCCAUUAACCUCGACGACCUCCCUCAAGGCGUCAUUCCUCUAGAUCCUCUCCCACUCGAACAAGAUGCACCUCCAACCUACUCGGCUGUUGUCCAACAGGCACGGAUCAAUAUGCGGAAGUUCGAGAAUUGCGUCCUCCUUACCCGUGUUGGCGGCUUUUAUGAGCUGUACUUUGAGCAUGCAGAGGAACUUGCUUCGCUGUUGAACUUGAAGGAGGCGAGGAGGCCGACGAGACCGGGUGCGCCGGUUGUUCCUAUGGCUGGCUUCCCUUUCUUCCAACUUGAUCGCUACCUCAAGAUUCUUGUCCAAGAUCUGAAUCGCUACGUGGCUAUUGCAGAGGAGUUCCCAAAUGAUGCUUCUGGCAAAGUCAAAGCUGGGGGCCUGAUGCAUGAUCGGAGGGUUACUCGUAUCAUUACCCCGGGAACGCUUAUUGACGAAAAUUUCAUGGAUCCAUUCUCCAAUAACUAUGUUCUAGCUAUACACAUAGCUGAAGACCCCGUCGAUGUACCUGCUCAGGAUCUGCUUCCAGAAUCAAUAUCAGCAGUUCGAGAUAAUAUGCCUAUUGGUCUUGCUUGGCUUGAUCUUUCUACUGGCCACUUCUUCACGCAGUCAACCACACUCGCAAACUUACCUUCUUUCUUGGCCCGCAUAAGCCCUCGCGAAAUAGUCCUAGACGAAGACCUCCAAGCCUCAAAAGACCAUGGUAUCUUUGAAGUUCUUGCUGAUGACCACCACCAUCUCAUCACAUACACCGACCCAUCCAAAAUCAAGGAGAUAUCUGAAUGGGAGCCAAUGCUAGAAUCUCCUGUUCCAGCGCGACUGAUCGGUGAAUUCACGGCUGAAGAGGUAGCAGCCGGAAGCUCUUUACUUAAGUAUGUCGAGACUCGACUCCGGGGUUCAAAUAUUAAGCUUCAACCACCAUCAAGACAGCUUGAUAUGAUGGGCAUCGACAAGAACACCAUGCGGGCUCUCGAGAUUAAGAAGACCAUGAAAGAUGAUUUGGUGACAGGUAGUCUUUUGCAUACUGUUAGGCGAACUGUCACUAAGGGUGGUGCGAGAUUGUUGGAUAACUGGCUGAGCUCGCCUUCAACUUCACUAGAAGUCAUCAAUUCCAGACUAGACCUGGUGACGAACAUGCUGAAUGAUGAUCUUCUCCGAGAGCGGAUCAGUAUCCUUUUGAAACGUAGCCAUGAUUCCCAUCGCUUACUGCAGAAAUUUGCUUUCGGUCGAGGCGACCCAGAUGAUCUUUUGGCUCUCGCAAGUACUAUUUACGCGACUCAGGAAAUAAUCACAACCCUCUCGCACGAUAGUUCUGGAGAUGCUUGUAUCCAAAGGAUGAUAGGCCGCAUUGAUCUCGAGGGCCCGAACGAACUCGCUAAACGCAUCCGAGAAGCCAUCGAUGAAGAAGGCAUCAUGCAGCAACAACGACUCCAAGACAGCGAAGCAGGAGAAAUUCAGGCUCUGGCCGAGGCAGUCGUCACAUCAGAAGGAUCCAGGGAAGAUUCGGCAAUCCUUCCCAAGGGCCCACGCAAGAAGAAACCUACCAGUAUCAGAGAACACUACUCAGACGACAACGAGCCCUGGAUUAUGAAGCCCGCCGCAAGCGAGACACUCACCCGCCUCCAUCAAGAUAUACUCUCUCUAUAUAGCGAGAAAUCAGAACUAGUCGAAUCUCUGUCCCAACGUCUCGGCGCAACAACCCUCACCCUCCAAUUCCGUCCCGGCCUCGGCCACAUCUGCCACAUCAAAGGCAAAGACACUCGCCUCGCACUCUCGUCAGCCUCAGGCGACCCCCUUCGGUCCGUCAGCUCCAGCAAAAGCACCCGCUCAUUCCACCACCCGGAGUGGACAUCUCUAGGCCAACGAAUCGAUACUUGCAAAACACAUAUUCGUUCCGAGGAACAACGUGUCUUCCACGCUCUCCGCUCCCAAACAAUCCACAACAUCAUCAAACUACGCCGCAAUGCCGCCGUCCUUGACGAGCUCGACAAUGCCUGCUCCUUCGCACUCCUCGCCUACGAAAAGCGCUGGACGAGACCUAUCCUUAAUACGAGCACUUCGCACAAGAUCGUUGGCGGGCGGCAUCCUACUGUUGAAGGUGGAUUGGAGGAAGAAGGUCGAAGUUUUGUCACGAACGACUGUUUCGUUGGCUCUGCGCCAGAGAAGAAAAUCUGGCUGAUCACUGGCCCGAAUAUGGCUGGCAAGAGCACAUUCCUGCGCCAGAACGCUCUGAUCACUAUUCUCGCGCAAGUAGGCUCGUACGUGCCUGCUGAAUAUGCGGAAUUGGGUAUAGUAGAUCAGAUGUUCAGUCGUGUAGGCAGCGCCGAUAAUCUGUAUCGCGACCAAUCGACAUUCAUGGUUGAGAUGUUGGAAACGGCAGCCAUUCUCAAGCAUGCUACGCCUAAGAGCUUCGUGAUCAUGGAUGAGAUUGGACGAGGCACGACGCCUAGCGAUGGGGAAGCAGUGGCGUUUGCGUGCUUGGCACAUUUAUACAAGAUCAAUAAGUGUAGGACGCUCUUUGCGACGCAUUUUCAUGGCUUGGUGGAGUUGAUUGAGGGUGAGCGGAUGGAGAGUGGCGUGGGUUUCUAUUGUACAGAUGUGCUUGAGGAUGAGAGUGGUGAGGGGUUUAGGUAUGUGCACCGGUUGAGGGAGGGUGUUAAUCGACGGAGUCAUGCUUUGAAGGUUGCGAGGCUGGCGGGAUUGCCCGAGGAGGCUAUUUCUGCCGCGAGGAGGGUACUUGAGAGUAAGGAUGUGUAA